AGCCGGUGGGGGGGAGUGUCGGGUUUCCAGUGUUUCGGUGCAGUUCGAGUCCUCGGUGACCAUGCAGUGUAGCCAGGAUGCAGUCGGGGACGGUCCGCGGCGAUAGCAAGCCGACGCUUUCCCCGGUGUGCGCCGGCCGGGUGCACCAGGCACAACAGAGCACCAGGAGUCCCAUAGGCUUCAGUGCGCUACUGCCGCGAGACCGGACGUCGCCGCGCCGCCGCCGCCGCCACCGCCGCCGCCGCACGGCAGAUAAGCCCUCCGGCUUCCUGUCACCACGUCUGCCAGUGCGCCGGUGACCGGGGCCGUGCGAGCACGGGUCAGCGUGGUCCGGGAGACGCCGACACCUGACCUGACCCGGCCCGGGACGGAGACGGACCGGCGCGCUGGUGACCCGUCGUUGCCGGGUCAGCGGCGCGGUGUUCAGGAGCACAGGCGCAGGCGUCGCGCCUGCCUGCCGUGUGGGGACUGAUAGACUGGAGUUGUUCGGCUCGUUUGGCUCGGAGACUUUGGCGGGGCCAGCCGGAGCGGCAGUGAGUGGAGCAGUUCGGCCGCUGCCGUGGCAAUCGCCGAGGCCGGCGGCAUGUCUCACAACGCGCUGGUGACGCGGAUAGCGCGCCUCUGGAAGAAGAGGACGGUCACCAUCACCGAGGAGGACCCGACGUUCAAGACAGUCUACCUGGGCAACACGGUCACGCAGUGGGCCAAAGGUGCUGGCAGCGUGGACAAGCCAUUAGCCACACUCUGGAGGAACUACUGCCAGUCGACCAAACCAGACAUCGAGAUGCGCGUUACGGUGGCUGUGUCGGGUCUGAAGGCGACCACGCGCGAGCACGGCCUGACCGAGUACUGGAGCCACCGCGUCACGUACGCCUUUGCCCACCCCAGCUACCCGAAGGUGUUCUGCUGGGUGUACCGGCACGAGGGGCGCAAGAUGAAGCCGGAGCUGCGGUGCCACGCCGUACUCUGCUCGUCCGAGGCCAAGGCGCGCCUCAUGCAGCGCCAGCUGACCGAGCGGCUGCAUCAGGCGCUCGUCGAGUUCCGCAAGGAGAAGCAGCUGCGCCAGAACGCGCGCCUCUCCGUGGUCAGCGUGCUGUACCCGGGCGCGCCGCGCCGCAAAGUGGUGCUCACAAACGGCGGCGCCAACUACCGGCCGCCGCUCGAGCGCAGCAAGAGUGCGCCCAAGCUGAGUAGCAUCGAGGAGGACCGGCUGGGCGAAGAGGCGGCCGCGCGCGAGCCGCCGCUGCGUGAGCUGCUGGAGGAGUCGUUAGGGGAGCCGAUGACGGAACCGCUGAGGCAGUCGAUGGUGCAGCCGGACGACUCGGACACGGCCAGCGAACACAGCGCGGCGAGCGUGCCGAGCGACCCGACCGGCGGCGAUAGCGACUGCGAGACGCUGGUGCUGGAGACGGGCCCCGGCCAGUGCCGCGUCUACCGCGUCGACCCCCGCAGGCUGGCCGCACGCGGGCCCGAGCGGCCGCCCGAGCCGUGCGAACUCGACGACCUGGUCAGAUUCGGCCACGCCUGGGCAAAGCCACGCGAGGAGGACACGACCAGUGAUGAGAGCGGGUACUCGGAGGAGCCGCUGAAGGGCGAGUGA